AUUUUAUCUGUGCUUUAACAAUUGAUUAACAAAAUGUUUGCGCUGCUCUUUGUGCUUGUUGCAAAUUAUUUCAACUUUUCCGUUACGAAAGCCGGUCGUCCCGAAGUCGGUAUCGAUCAAUUGGGUUGAAUCGAAGGUGUUUAUGCAACGGGCAGUGAGGGUCAAGAAUAUGAAGCCUUUUAUGGCAUACCGUUUGCUAAACCACCGAUCGGUGAAUUGCGAUUUAAGAAUCCCUUACCAGUUGAACCAUGGAACGACAAACGUAUGGCCAAAGAACCACGAACUGAAUGCAUUCAAUAUAACCAAAUUCCACGCAUACCUACGAUUAGUGGUGAAGAGGACUGCCUUUACUUGAAUUUGUAUCGUCCCAAAAAAUGGUCCACUGAGAAACUACCCAUUUUAUUCUACAUACACGGCGGAGGCUUUUUUUCAGGCACUCCAAGUCCCGCAGUGUAUGGUCCUGAAUAUUUUAUGGAAACUAAUGAGGUUAUAUUGGUAUUAGCCGCGUAUCGCUUGGGUCAGUUUGGUUUUCUUAGUACCGGUGAUGAGCAUAUGACUGGUAAUUUUGGACUUAAGGACCAGAACAUCGCGCUUAAAUGGGUACAAAAAUAUAUUGCUGCCUUCAAUGGUGAUCCUUCGCGUGUUACUAUUUUUGGCCAUAGUGCUGGCAGUUUUUCUGUGCAUUUCCACAUGUUAAGCCCGGCUUCAAAAGGUUUGUUUCGCAAUGCUGUAUUAAUGAGCGGCCAUGCAAAUUGCCCUUUCUUACGACAAAUCGACCAAAAGUCUCAGGUCAUUCAAUUAGCUAAGGGUGUUGGAAUUACAAAUGCUAACGAAAUGUCUUCAAGAGAACUAGCUGACGCUCUGCGCAAUGUGCCAGCAACAGACCUGUUAAAGGCAGGUGUUGAUCUCAAAGUAUGGAGUGUGUACCCUUUUGGUACUUUUCGUACCACCAUUGAACAAGAAUCAUGGCCGGAACCUUUCAUAACGGAAGAUAUGUUCAAAUUAAUCGGAAGUCCAAAAAUGCCGAAAACUGUGCCAUGGAUUGGUGGUUAUACCUCGUCAAUUGGUGAAGGCACGGUCUUGGCGCUAAGAUUAUCUACGGAUCCGGAUUUACAAGCUCACUUCAAUAAGAACUUUAAUGAUUUAUUCAAAUUAGUGAUGGAACUAAAUGGCACAACAUAUCUGGAAGGAGUUGAUGAAGUAAUCGAGCGAUUAGUUGUGGAAUAUAUGGAUGGUGUUCGCGAGUUGAAUAAAGACACAAUUGAUGGCUUUCUCGAGCUUUUAGGUGAUUACUUUUUUACUUAUCCACUAUACAAAACUAUUGCCAGCAAUGUUUAUUCUGAUGGUCGCGCAAAUAGCCUUACGGGAAUAAUUAAAUUUGGUUAUCGUGGGCCAAAUACAUUUACUGAGAUUUUUACGGGCAGCUCGAGAAACGUGGGGGCUGUACAUGUUGAUGAUUUGCUAUAUCUAUAUCGCAUGCCGUUCUUAGUGCCAAAUGGAUAUGAAAAAUCAACACCUGAGAGGGAGUUGGUUAAGAAAUACGUGGAACUACAUGUUGAGUAUGCUAAAACGGGCAUUGUCGAAGCCUUUAAUAAAAUGAGCCCUUGUUCGAAGGAUAAGUUUGACCGACCCGACGGAGCAGCCAUUUGCGAUUAUUUGUCGAUUGUCAAUGAUACGGAAUUAUUUCAGGUUGAAAAUAAGUGGAAUGUGAAACGCAUGAAACUGUGGGAGUACUUAGAUAAAACUCUAGCCUAUCGAACUGCCGCAGUAAUGAAAGGAAUUACUUUGUUGUUAACGUUUUUAGUGUAUUGUGCGAAUAUCGGUCCGAUUCGCGCCAAUUUACCGAAGGUAUGUUUAGACGGUUCAUCCUGUGUGCUCGGCAGAUAUAUGAGUGGCAAUGAGAGCGAUUCAUUUGAGGCCUUCUUGGGCAUACCAUACGCCAAACCACCCGUCGGUGAUUUGAGAUUCAGCAAUCCUCAAGAAGUGGAACUAUGGAAUGGCACCUUAACAGCACUAUAUCCGAUGUCUGAUUGUAUACAACGUAAUUAUCUUUUCGUAACAGACCCUAUUAGCGGUUCAGAGGAUUGCCUGUACUUGAAUAUAUAUCGCCCCUUGAACAGUACCGGUAGAGAAUUGCCAGUAAUGUUUUAUAUACACGGUGGUGGAUUUUUCGCCGGCACACCAAGUCCUAACGAUGAAGGACCGCAAUAUUUUAUGGAAACGAGUGAUUUAAUUCUGGUAGUGACCGCCUAUCGCUUGGGUCCAUUUGGUUUCCUAUCUACUAACGAUGAACAGAUGACGGGAAAUUAUGGACUUAAAGAUCAGAAAUUAGCACUACAAUGGGUUAAUAAGUACAUUUCGGCUUUUGGCGGUGAUCCCGAUCGUGUGACUAUUUUCGGUCAUAGUGCUGGCGCUGCAGCUGUUCACUUACACUUAAUGAAUAACAAUGAAGAGGGUCUAUUCAGUAACGCUAUUAUGAUGAGUGGCGCCGCAAACUCACCAUUCGCUUUGCCAUUAAACAAUCCUAGAGACCAAGUCGUUCAACUGGCUAAAGCUGCUGGUAUAAUAGAAGCGGAGAGUCUAAGUUCCGCUGACCUAGUUCAAGCAUUGCGAUCAAUCAAACCGAAAACCUUGCUACGAGCUGCCGAUGAUCUUAAAAUUUGGGCUGAGCAACCACUUGCAAUUUUCCGUCCGAAUGUUGAAAAUGACGCCUGGACUGGUGCAUUCUUGAAAAAUGACCCAAGAAAACCAUAUAUAGCGUUUGGAACGGGCAAUGACAUACCUUGGAUCGUUGGUAAUGUACCUGCCAAGGGUGAGGGUUUGGUUAUUGCACUUCGAUUGACAACCAAUAAGAAAUUGCAGAAAGAGUUCAAUGAAGAGUUUAGCAAAAGUUUGAGCAUUACAUUGGACUUACCUCUUGCAUGUGACACAGAAGAUGUGAUAGAAUCAUUGGUAACAGAGUAUAUGGAUGGUAAACGAGAAUUGAAUAAUGAAACGAUGAAUGGCUUUUUGGAGCUUUUGGGAGACGCAUAUUUCGUAUACCCAACUUACAGGCUUUUAAAUUAUAAUGUCGAUUCUAACCGCACUGAUUUUAGAGGAAUAAUACAUUUUGACUAUCGCGGACCCUAUUCAUUUACGGAAUAUUUUUCAAAUAGCAUGAAAGAUUUUGGCACUGCACACGUUGAUGAUUCGCUGUUUCUGUUUCAAGGGCCACAAGGAGUGUCGUAUGGUUAUUUAAAGAAGUCUCGUGAGGCAGCUUUGGUUAGACGCUAUGUGAGGCUGUUUCAGUCUUUUGCCGAAAAUGGUUAUUCAGAUGAAUUUGCUAUCAGCGAAGAAUGUAAUGAUAUAAAUUUUCCGAAAUGUGAAUCUUUGUCGAUUGUAAAGAAGGAUGAACCUUUCGAAUCUGGUAUACCUUGGAAUAUUGAACGAAUGACAUUUUGGGAAAACCUAUAUGAAAUUUGUCAGUUUUGAAUGUAUAUAUAUACAUAUGUCCAUAU